GGAGGCCCCCGGUGAUGGCGGAAGCGGAGGCCAAGAUGAAGCAGUUCAAUGGCGGCGGGGCAGGGCUGGACGCCGAGCGGGGCCGGUUCCCCUACUGCGUGGUGUGGACCCCGAUCCCCGUCCUGACUCAGGUGAGAACGUUCCUGAGCCAGAGGCAGGGAGGAGACGUGGUGUGUCCGUGCUGGGCAGGAGCAGGACCUGGCACUUCCCUCUUGCUGCUGCCUGGAGGCCUCCAAGCUUCGGUUUUUUACCUCUUUUCCUUAAAAUUCCCGCCUCAGGAGGAUUUUCCAAAGCUUUUAACCUUCUUAUCCCCUGCUGGGAUUGAUGAAGAGAGCUGCCAAAGCCACUGGGCAUCCAGGUGGCUUUUCCCCAUCAUUGGCCACAUGGGCAUCUGCACAUCCACUGGGGUCAUCCGGGACUUUGCAGGACCAUAUUUUGUAUCAGAAGACAACAUGGCAUUUGGGAAGCCAGUGAAGUACUGGAAACUGGAUCCCAGCAAAGUCUACUCCACUGGUCCCAACGCCUGGGACACGGCCGUGCACGACGCCUCGGAGGAGUACAAGCACCGCAUGCACAACCUUUGCUGUGAUAACUGCCAUUCCCACGUGGCUCUGGCCUUAAAUUUGAUGAGAUAUGAUAACAGCACCUCCUGGAACAUGGUGAAACUCUGCUUCUUCUCCCUCCUCUAUGGGAAGUAUGUAAGCCUAGGAGGGUUUGUGAAGACUUGGCUUCCCUUUCUCCUCUUCCUGGGGGUGAUUGUGACCAUCGUGCUGACGCUCCAUCUGCGGUGAUGGCAGCUGGGAACUCCCCAUUCCAUGGGCACAGGAAGGAUGAAACUCUUGACUGAUCCAGCUUUGGUGGAAGCAUGGGACUCUGGGAGGUGUUUUCCAGGGAAGAUGGCAACUCCACUUCCAUUUAUUUUAUUUAUUUUUUUAAUUUCCUGGAACUGGUUUCUUCUCCUGUUUUGGUUCCUUUGAUGGUGUCUCCCUGUGGUGGGAUCCUGAAGCCUCCUGCUCUCUCCCUUUCUGCAAGGUGGUAGGUAGGAACACAGGAAAGGAGAGAUGUGGGCACCUUUCCUUCCAGGGCCAAGGAAAGCUGCAAGGCAAAACCUGCCUCAGGACCACAAGCAGAUAACACCUGGUAAGGUUCUCUCUGAUCACCUGGUGUCCUCCUCUUGGCAGACUCCACCAGAGGCUUCCUCAAAUUUCCUGAGUCUCCAAGAAGUUGUUGUUAUUGUUUCCCUGCUGCACGACCCUCCUGUUCCACAUGUUUCCAGGUGGAGCCAUGAGGUUCCUCCAGGGGCUGUGGGGUGCCUUGGCACUCCCUGCUGGUGUCCCCAGAAGUGACAGGAAGGUGUUGAUGGCGGGAUGCUCCUCUGAGGAGACACGCAGAGGGACGCUCUGCAGCAGGACAAACCCAUCUGGUCCUGCUGGUGAGCCCAGAAAGGCAGGAAAGUUGAUCCAACUGGCUUGGGUGGGUGGCUCGUGGCAGUCUGCAUGCUCCCAUCACCUGCUGCAGAGCUGGGUGGCUGCUCCUCAGUCCCUUUUAGCUUGUGCCAGACAAAAUGCAGCUUCUCCUGCUUCUCCUCGUGCUCUGAAUAGCUGAAACUGUUGUUAGACUUCUCAAGAGCCACUUCAGCUUCCCUUUGAUCCCCAGUGCUUUGUGUGUGGCAGCACACCUGAGCCUGCAGAGGUGGCAGGUCCGUGUUUUCUGGGAGAGAAGGUUGAGGGUAGGGUUUGAAAGCACCUGUGAGAGCAGCCUCUGAGACCUGAGCUUGGUGGGGGCCAUCAGAGAUGAAAAGAAAAGGUGAAGGGACUGGAAAGUGUCUGUGUUCUGGUUGGGCUUUGCUCACUGGGGCACUGCUGGCUCUGGGAUGGUGAUCAAGAAGGUCUGUUGGCUCCUUUGAUGUGCUUUGAAGAGCACACCUGGGGCAAAAGUGCUUUGCAGGGCUGGCUUUGAUGUGAGAAAUGGGGGGCUGGGGGCCCUUCCUGAGCCCUGAAAGGAGUUGGUUGUUCUGGAGUGCUGGGCAGGCAGUGAACCUGGACGUGAUCCAGAGCCUCCUUCAGGGUGAGAGGUCCAGGCUGGUGUUGGCCAAGGCCCUGGCCUGCAGAUGCUGCUUUCUGUAGGGCUGUAGUCCAGGUGGCUUUUUAUGAAGAAGUGUGGCUGGAGGGUUUUUGUGCAGUUGAGCAGAUCCCCUCCCGCUGCAGAUGGAAGGAGAAAAGCUCUUCCACUCCUGCCUGGAAAGGCCAGAUCUUUGCUCCACAACCUGAUAGAUUCCAACCUCAAGGAGUGUUUAUGGCCAGCAAGAAAGCUCUUCCCCACUGCCUUCCAUCCCUGGGGCUUCCUCUGGUGGGGAAGCCCUGACCCUCAGACCUGUCCCUGUGUGUGCCUCCUCAUCUGCUUCCACCCCCUGACCCCCCAAGCCACAUGGGAGUUUUGGGGGCUCCUGUUGGGCCUCUCAAGAUCUGCCUUUUCCUCAGUCACUUUUAAAGAACCCCUGAAACCUCUCCCUUCUCCCUGGCAUCCAGCUGGUUCCCUGGUGCUGGCUCUUCAGGGCUGGGUGGGGAUGUUCAGACCUCAGUGCCCCUCCCAGCCCGCCUGGAGCUGAAGCAGUCACUGGUGUCUGCUGUGUUCAGAGGGUGCUGGGCCUUGGGGCUGCUCAGAAAGCCAACAUCUUGAUCAAAGAGAGCCUCAUGAUGAAAAAAAGAUGUUGUCUGACCAAGAUGGGGCCUCCACCCAGCCCACCCCACUGGCUGCCCUGCCCUGGGACUGGAAUUCUGUGCCUGCUUUUCAUUUAAACGGGAUUUCUCAGAGUGACCUGCCAAAGAUGUGCUCGGAGUCCCUGGCCCCAGGGCUGAAGCCAACCUGUCUUCUGCAGUAGCAAUAAUCCAGAGGCUCUUGGGCCUGUCUCACACCUUGGUUCCAUGUUUUAUGGAUUAUCUAGACACGUGUUGCCAAAGCUCAGACUUCCAGAUGUUUGGAAGGCUGGGAGCGGGGCUGCUGGCCACAGUUCCCACCCCUGGCACUUCCAGAAACCUGUCGAGUGCCAUUCCCCACUGUGGAAAUCCUUCUCCUUUUACUCCUAAGGCUUUUUUUUCCCCAGCUCUGGGUUUUGACUGGACUUUUCCAGCAGCCAGGGUCCCCCUCAGCCCGUGGCAGCUCUGGCUGCAGGGAGGGAGGGAGGGCAGCGCUGCGCCCCAAUCCCGCUUCCAGGAAUGGAAAUGGAUGGAUCCAGGGCUUCUGAGGGAAACACAGCUAAUGGGAGAGCAAGGCUGAGGUACCUCAGAGCCUGCCUAUCCCUGCUGGAAUCACAGAACGGGCUCUGCCCUCCCUGCAGGUGCUGGGAAGGGUGGGUGGGCAAGGUGGAUUUCCUGGUUCCCUCCCAGGAGCGUGGGAUUCCCCGGCAGCUGGGUGGGGAGUGGGCUGCUUCCUCCUGCUGUGGGGAGUGGGAGAACUGUCCUCUCCUUGCAGCUUCCUUCAUCUCACGACCAGCUUCUUCCCAGUGCCCCAUCCACCCUAUCCUUUGCCUUCCAGGUGCCAGUUUUACUCUCCUUCCCCCUCGGAGGCCAAGGCCUCCAUCCCCUCAUCUCCUACUCCCCUGAUCUCUCUGGGGCACUGGAUGACUUUGUAAAUAUUUAAAACUCUGCUUCUGUGGUUUCAUAAUCCUGAUGGUAGAGGAAAUAAACUUAUUUCUGUGGAUGUCACCAAGUGCCACA